AUGGUUUGUAGGAAAAUCAUAUCUCCAAAUUUUAGUAAUGUAUUAAAUGAUCUUUCUAUAAUUGACAAACUAUUGCCACUCUUGAUUAUUUCUGCUAUGGUAUUAGGGAUCCUAUUGUCUGUAUAUGUACCUUCCAGCAGAGAUGCAUUUGACGGUGCUAAGGUUAUUGGCGUAUCGGUACCAUUAGCAAUUGGGCUUAUGAUUAUGAUGAUUCCCCCGUUAUGCGGUGUUAGAUGGGAAAUAUUCUUAAGCUUUCAUGAAAUGAAGAACUAUGUACGACCAAUAUCAAUAUCGUUGAUUGUAAAUUGGAUCGUUUGUCCGUUCUUGAUGCUAGGUCUUGCAUGGCUUUCGUUAUUUGACAAGGAUGAAUAUAGAACCGGAAUAAUUAUGAUAGGGUUAGCAAGAUGUAUUGCCAUGGUUUUAAUCUGGAAUAAAAUUGCUGACGGUGAUAAUAGUUUAGGUGCUGUUAUCGUUCUCGUCAACAGUUUGCUUCGAAUAGUUCUUUAUGCACCUUAUCAAAUUUUUUUUUGUUAUGUUAUUUCCGGCGAUUAUCAUUCUAGUGCUGUUACAGCGGGUAUCUCGUAUCCGUUGGUCGCGCAAAGUGUUGCUUUCUUUUUAGGCAUUCCUUUAGGAAUUGGCUUUUUAAUAAGGUCUGUUGCUUCAUACACUAUUGGCAUAGAGGCUUAUGAAUCUAAAAUUUAUCCAUUUAUUGAACCAUGGGCGCUAAUAGGAUUGUUGUAUACUAUUAUUGUCAUCUUCAUUAAGAAAGGUAAUGAUUUUAUUCAUGAUAUAGGUUCCGCUAUCCGCUGUUUGGUACCAUCAAUUCUCUAUUUCAUAAUUACCUGGUUUGGUACCUUCUUCGUUUUGAGAUGGUACUUGGGACGGGGGCGACCAGUAAAUGAGGAUGGAAAUGCAUUAUUUGACGAACAACUUCUGAAUGCUUCUGGAAAGUGGGUUUCAAAUGGUUCAGCAAGAUAUUCUGAAGUUAUAACACAAGCUUUCACCGCUUCUUCAAAUAACUUCGAGUUGAGUAUUGCUAUCGCUAUUUCACUAUAUGGAACGGAUAGCAAAGAGGUCAUCGCUACAACAUUUGGGCCUUUGUUGGAGGUUCCUAUAUUAUUGUUCUUAUGCUUUGUGGCCAAAUAUUUCAAAAUUAAAUUUUUAUGGGUAGAUGUUGAUAGCGGUAAUACAGAAGAGGUGCAAUUAGAAAACUGUAAUAAUAAGGAUAUAUCGAUAGCAACUUCUAUCCAAAAUAUUUAA